AUGGUGGCGGCGGUGGCGGUAGAAGCGGGGGGCGGCGGCGGGCGGGAGGCGGCGGCGCGCCGGGGCUCGGAGCGCGGCUCCCGGGGGGGCUCCACGGACUUGGACAUCAGCUUUGGAACAGAGAAAUCGGCCAAGAGGAUGCUGUCUGUCAAAGUCCUCUCUCUGCUCCUCGCUUCUCUGGGUUUUGUUUUGAUGGAAGAGAAUGUGUCUGGCUUCAGCCUGAGGGCUCCCAGUGCCAAACCAGUGCAGAGACGCUACUCUGAGGCCACCCUGGCAAGCGACUACAGCCGCACGAUGGACAACGUGCUGAAGAAGAACUUCGUGGAAUGGCUGCUGGCCAGGAGGGAGAAGAAAAGCGACAUCAUCCUCGAGCCAUCCAAGAGAGAAGCUCAGCCCCAAGUACCAGCUGCGAAUGGCCAAAGAUUGGACCUGGGCACCCAGGAAGCCCAAGAUUUCUUCUCCUGGCUUCUGAAAGCCAAGAAAAAUCAGAGUUUGACCCCUCCAGAAGGCUCAGAAGGUUUGAAGGAGGUUUUCAACCAGGAGUUUCUGACAUGGCUGAUGUCUGCUGAUCUCUGCACACCACAGUGA